UCCAACUCCAUUCUCCCCGCUGGGUCCCCAACUCCUUCAAUAUCCCCCAUCGAAUGACUUCUUUCACCAUUUUCUUCUCUCAUCCCUGUUCCAUUUCGACUCGAACGGUCGAACCAACAUGCAAGUUUGACAAGUUGGGCGCCGCCCCUCGAAGAUAGUGGACACUGGAAACUUGAAAGAAGACCGACGGCCGCCCCCAAGAUCGUCUUGGACCAUGGGAGACAGAGGGGGCAGGGGGGCGGGCUCAGAGUAUAACUUCAAAGUCCCAGCAGAGGAGAAACACCAGCUUUGGCAUCUUGGGGGGCCAGACGCUGUCUUGUGCCUGUACGAUCUGUAUCACCUCCUGCAGGAGACACGGGAGCCAUGCGCAGAAGUCUGUAGCCGGGCACAGCGGACGAUCACUCUAUUCACGAACCGCAGCCGGGCCAUCUCGUCAUGUCUUAUCAUUCCCCAUCGCGCAAUCAGGAAUUACAUUUGGGUCAGGUCAGGCCUGUCGAGAAGCGUGAGCGACUCGCUCGGCCGGCAGGUGGGCAGAAGCAAAUUGCGAAAGUCUUCCAUGCUUUUCUGCCUGUUCCUGACUACUCUUCCAAGUUACGUCCGCCAAUUCUUCUUUUCUUACGUAGCAUGCGUAGCACCCGUAGCUCGAGUCACUAGCCUCACUUCGCACUCUCACCGGCACCGAGCCUCCUUCACCUUCUGCUGCCUCCGCGGUUCUCAGAUCCGCACGGACUGGUCCCGGGCGGCGCUUGUCUCUCAUCGCCACGGCCCACGGCAGAAACGCCUCCUCCCCCCUCCAAAGGUCCCAAAUCGCCCCAAAGGGCCCCAACGAUCCCAAGAGAUCUUCAGACCCCGGUAACGCCCCGAGCGGUGCGAAUCUGCGGGCUGUGAUGCGACGGCAAGGCAUGCUUUCUUGUUGCAUUUGGAGCCCUGUGAGGAGGGUAGCCCCUCCUCACCUUCAUUCUCUCGAGUGGGAGAGACGAAAUCUUGGUAUGCUCACGAUCGGAGGAUCCUUGAAACACGGCUCCCCAAUCAACGUCAGCCUCGUUGGCGUCGACCCCCCGGGGCCCGGAGGAUGAACCCCCCCACCCCAUCCACCCUUCCACUGGUCCCUGUUCCGAUCUAAAUUACACUCCGUCGCCCA